GAGGGACAGAGGAGUUGGAGGCUGGGCUAGCCUCCGUUCCUGGAAUAGGCCAGGAGGGAGGAGAAGCGAGCGGAAGGAAGACGGUGUGUGGCUGGCCAGCCAGCCCAGGAGACCGCCUCCCCCGUGGCCAGUUUGGGCGCCCUGGGACAGUGGCUGCAGCUGGGCAUGGCAGAAUCUGCACAGGCCCCGAAGCUGGUGUACCUGGUCACAGGUGGCUGUGGCUUCCUGGGGGAGCAUGUGGUGCGAAUGCUGCUGGAGCGGGAGCCGAGGCUCCGGGAGCUGCGGAUCUUUGACCUGCACCUGAGUCCCUGGAUAGAAGAGCUGAAGACAGGGCCCGUGCAGGUGACUGCCAUCCAGGGGGAUGUGACGCAGGCCCAGGAGGUGGCAGCAGCUGUGGCUGGAGCCCAUGUGGUCAUCCAUACAGCUGGGCUGGUGGAUGUAUUUGGAAGGGCCAGUCCAGAGACCAUCCACAAGGUCAACGUGCGGGGCACACAGAAUGUGAUCGAGGCUUGUGUACAGACUGGAACUCAGUUCCUGGUGUACACAAGCAGCAUGGAAGUUGUGGGACCUAACAUCAAAGGACACCCCUUUUAUAGGGGCAAUGAGGACACCCCAUAUGAGGCAGUACACAAGCAUCCCUAUCCUUGCAGCAAAGCCCUAGCUGAGCGCCUGGUCCUGGAGGCCAAUGGAAGGAAGGUCCGAGGGGGGCUGCCUCUGGUGACUUGUGCCCUGCGUCCCACCGGUAUCUAUGGUGAAGGCCAUCAGAUCAUGAGGGAUUUCUACCGCCAGGGUCUGCGCCUUGGGGGUCGGCUCUUCCGGGCCAUCCCAGCCUCUGUGGAGCAUGGUCGGGUCUAUGUGGGCAAUGUGGCCUGGAUGCAUGUGCUGGUGGCCCGGGAACUGGAGCAGCGGGCAGCACUCAUAGGCGGCCAAGUGUACUUCUGCUAUGACAAGUCACCCUAUAAGAGCUAUGAAGACUUCAACAUGGAGUUCCUGGGCCCCUGCGGAUUGCGUCUGGUGGGCACCCGCCCACUGCUGCCCUACUGGCUGCUAGUGCUUCUAGCUGCCCUCAAUGCCCUGCUGCAGUGGUUGCUGCGCCCACUGCUACUCUAUGCACCCCUGCUGAACCCCUACACACUGGCUGUGGCCAACACUACCUUCACUGUCAGCACCAACAAGGCACAGCGCCAUUUUGGCUAUGAGCCCCUGUUCUCAUGGGAGGACAGCAGAACCCGCACCAUUCUCUGGGUGCAGGCCAUGGAAGGUACAGCCCAGUGAUGGUGGGGCUGGGGCCUGGGGCCAUCAUGGCAUAUCUACCCAGGUCUCGAGCCCUCACACCCUGGAUGGGAUGGAAUGGCUGGAUUUCAGAGCUUUCAGCUCUGGUGCCAUCUAGCUGUCCCAGAGCCCUCCACAUUUUAUGGCCACAAACUCUUGAGUCUGGGUUGUGUUCUUAUACUUGGUUCCAAGUUCCAGGGCAGGGUUUUCUUCACUCUCAACCCAGGCCUGCUGGAUGUUUAGCAAAAAACUGAUUUCCAGAUGUUCUCACUAUGCCAUCCCACUUCUGAUUCUCAAGCAUGAAGUGGCCAAGGUUCUAAAGACUGAUACCCAAGUGCCUCUGGACUAGGUUCAGGUUGAAGAGACUUCUCUGGUUUCUCCCUCCACCUCUGUCCUCAGGGCAUUAUCUUCCCAUUAUUUAAAAUGAUAUAUCACCUUUAGACAUUUUCUUAAUUCCCCUCAAUGAAAGCUGAGAAAAUCAGUGUUUUUUCACUUCUUAUCCCUCCUCCCAAAUUGAGAUCCUGCAAUAUUAUUAGCUCUUUGCCUGAGGAUGUCUCAGUAAUGCUGUACCUUGCCAAGCCCUGUAUUAAAAUCC